UGUGAAUCUUCUAAAUUGGCUGAGGGGUUGACAGGUUGGAACAGGCAGAACAUCAUCUAUGAAGGCCUGUGACUAAAGAAACAAGAACAGAGAACAGGAAGAGAAACAAGAAAGCAGGUGUUAUCCCAGAGGGAUGACAGGAGCUACAGUCGUCUUACUCAGAAAGAAAGAGACUUAGAGGAUGGAGCAGGAAAUGGCAAGAGAAGAAGAAGAAAAGAAAGAAGGCUUGAUUGAGUUUUAUGAUUCCUUCAAGGAUAUGUUUGAGUUCUUCUGUAAGAACACAACAAUCCACGGCACCAUCCGCCUUGUAUGCUCGGACAGCAAUAGGAUGAAAACAGCUUUUUGGACUCUGCUUUUACUUGCCAGCUUUGGCAUGUUGUACUGGCAAUUUGCGCUUAUGUUCAGCCAGUACUGGGCCUACCCUGUUGUCCUGACCAUGUCCAUGCAUUCAGAGCCCAAGAUGUUUCCAGCAAUCACCAUCUGCAACCUGGACCCUUACAGAUUUGAACUGGUUAGCAAACAUUUGGUUCAACUGGAUCGCAUGGCAGAGGAAUCAAUCACUUUUUUGUAUGGCGUCAACACAUCAGCCAGCUUGUUCCACAUGAAUGAGAGAAACAUCCGCAUAAAGGACUUGUCUAGCGUUGGCAAUCUCAGCACAUCUAGCUUCAAGCUGAGCCAAAACUUCUCACUCUUGAGAAUGUUUGACCACAAUAACAGGUCAGGGAGGAGGCAUUCCAGCGUGGGCUUCAGGCUGUGCAAUGCCACAGGUGGGAAUUGCUUCUACAAGACCUAUUCAUCCGGGAUGGAUGCAAUUCUUGAAUGGUACAGGUUUCACUACAUGAAUAUCAUGUCCCAGCUACCGGUUAUAAUCAACAUUUCUGAUCAUGAGGAGCAAAUAGAAGAUAUGGUCUACUCCUGCCAGUACGAUGGGGAGCCCUGCAGACCCAGUGACUAUGUUCACUUUCACCACCCCGUCUUUGGAAGCUGCUAUACUUUUAACAGCAAGGGAACAGACUCUUUUUGGACAGCCACAAAACCAGGAAUUCCUUACGGACUUUCCCUUAUCCUGAGAGCGGAGCAGAAGGACCACAUCCCGCUCUUGUCUACAGUAGCAGGUGUGAAAGUGAUGAUACACAACCACAAUCAGACGCCAUUCCUCGAGCAUGAAGGCUUUGACAUCAGACCAGGCAUUGCAACUACCAUAGGCAUUCAGCAGGAUGAGGUGAAUCGCCUGGGCGGCAAUUAUGGGAAAUGCACGACUAAUGGCAAUGAUGUGAAUGUCAAACUCCUCUACAACAACUCCUACACCCUGCAGGCUUGUUUGCAUUCCUGCUUUCAGCACAUAAUGGUUCGAAAAUGUGGCUGUGGCUAUUACUACUACCCACUGCCUCCUGGCGCCGAGUACUGUGACUACAAUAAGCAGCCUGCGUGGGGUCACUGCUUUUACCAGCUCUACAACAGGCUCAGAAAUCAUCACCUGAAUUGUUUUGACCAGUGCCCCAAGCCUUGCCGGGAAUCGCUGUACAAGGUGUCUGCUGGAACUGCUAAGUGGCCGUCGACAAAGUCUCAGGACUGGGUCCGCCAAGCUCUAAGGCAUCAGAACGGAUAUAACUCCACCAGCAACAGGAAGGAUAUUGCCAAGGUGACCAUCUUCUACAAGCAACUGAACUACCAGUCCGUCAACGAGUCUCCUUUACUCUCAGAGAAUCUGCUUCUGUCCAGCAUGGGAAGCCAGUGGAGUCUCUGGUUUGGAUCCUCAGUGUUGUCUGUAGUUGAAAUGUUUGAGCUGCUCAUAGAUACGCUGGUCUUGUCUCUCCUCUUCUGCUACCAACGGUUCAGGUCAAAGAAGACGUUGAAAGUAGCUCACACUCCUACCGUCCCCAGCGUGAGCUUGACCCUAGAAAACUACCGAGUUGUGCAAGAAGAAGCUGGAAAAGGUGAUGAUUCUGCUCAUACUCACCCUUCUGGAGUGACUAUUGCCAUGGACAACAACAGCGACCCGCAUUUUCACCCACUCUGCAGCAAGGUGGGAAUGCCAGAGCCUUGCCCAAAUGUGGUGCUUAAUGGAUUUAGAUACACGAAGGACACCUCGUCGGACGGGGAGCUGAACCGCUAAGAAGGUGCUUGUGUGCGCAGAGAAGCGGGAGGCUGGAAACUCCCCUAGUGCUCAGGUGCUGUCAGAGAGGUCGCCCACAGAAACGUGCUGGAUCCACAAUCCGUGAGCACCUAAAGCCCACGCUGCUCAGCCUGGCAAUCCUCCUCCAGCUGUUACAAGUUCAUUAGUAAACCGGCCGUGUGUCCUGGAUUCAGGCAUCGUGCAAUGUUCUUUUGUUCCUAAUGAGUAUCUGGGGAGGGGAGAACUGAGCUUCGACUCUCUGGGACAGUCGUCGCGGCCUCGUAAAAGCCUAUUCAUAGCUUUUAACUUUUAAAUCCUGCUGAGGAAAUCAGCCUGUGGCUUCAGACAGGCCCAUCUACAUUUCACAAAUGUGCUCAAGAGAAAAAAAUCAGCCUGGCCGUUCAUGGAAAGAUUCCCGGUGGAGGCUCCGGAGCGCGCGCUCCUGUCAGGCAGCGCUGUCUUGAGGAUGACAGAGCGUGUCAAAGCAAGAGGUGGCUCUGAUGGCAGCCGUGCUUCCGAGACACCUCUCGGUCCUUAACCUCCCGCUGUUGCGUUUUGAGGACAACGCGCAGGAUGCUGCUGCUGAGAUGCUUAACCCCCGUUAGUGCAAAUGAGACCCACCAUCUUAGAGGAAAGAGAGGAAAUGGGGUCGAUAACGGUUGUUUCAUGUCACAGACGAAGCAUCUGAUUUAUUUAGAAGGUUAAAACAAUGCUGCGUUUUUGUUGCAGUCCAUUUAUAAAAAGAGAUGUUUUAAUGUUAAUAUUUGACAGUAACUUAUGUGUACAUAGAAUAACACAUUUAUUUUUGAUGAUGAUGUUUGCACAGGAGCAUUUUACUCUCUUGUAAUCUUGUUUAUGACUCUCUGUAGAAAACAAAGAGUUAACAAGAAAACAAUGAGCUUUGUUUUGUAACUUUUUUAAAUAAUAAAAUGCUCUGAAUACAGACGGUGACUGGGCGUUUAGUUUGGCUUUGUUUUGCCUCCAGCUGAUAUGUGGGUUUGUUACUGCCUAGUUGUUAAUUCUAAGUGUUGGCUCUGGAAAAGUCUCUUUCGACACGUCCAGACCUUACUUGCAGAAGCCUAAAUGCAUGGGAGGAAUCACGAAAAGAGUUUUGGUUCCAGACAGUUUGCUGCUGACACCAUUGGAAGCCAAGCACCAAGAUGCUUUUGAAAGUCUCCCUUUUUUGUUUGAUUUGCUUGAUUUAUUAUUUUUUUUUCAUUCACAAGGAGAAUCUCCAGAGUUGUAGACCAAACCCAAACGAAUUGCAGUGUAAUACACCAACCCAGUCUAGGAUCUCAUAGAUUCUCAGAGCUCAUAGACUCAUAGACUGGUUUGGGUUGGAAGGGACCUUAAAGAUCACCCAGUGCCACCCCCUGCCCUGGGCAGGGACACCUCCCACCAGCCCAGGCUGCUCCAAGCCCUGUCCAACCUGGCCUUGAACCCCUCCAGGGAUGGGGCAGCCACAGCUUCUCUGGGCAACCUGGGCCAGGGGCUCACCCCCCUCACAGCAAAG